AUGUAUACACACACAGACACUUGUACAGACACACAUACAUGUAUAUACACACAGACACAUGUACACACACACACAGACACAUGUACACACACAUACAUGUACACACACACAUACAUGUACAUACACGCACACAGUCGUAUAAAAAGUUGCAGUAGCUCGUUACCUUCACUCACAGAUCCGGGUACUGCACUCUAGGGGGAGGCAGAUAGCACAGCACGCACUCCUUCCUUUGCUUUCACUUUGCUCAACUAUUGAGCAGUCUGACGGCUCCCAGUGCGAGUGACAGAUCUAGCCCUGAGUUC